GGAGGUCACGUUGUGUGGCUGUGUCUCGUGACGCUACCGAGGGGCGGGUUAUCAACAACAGAGUCGGUCUGUGGAGCUAACGUUACGGAGGGACAGAGCUCGAGUGUUGUUUUGAAUUUGCUAGAAGGCACCGACUGGAAAGGGGGGCCAGGGCCUGUGGAUAAGAUGGCGGAUGUGGAAGGCGAUGAAACUCGGGCGACUCUCCCUUCGGCAUCCCGUAACGGUCCGGUUGUGGCUUCGUCCGCGAGCACCGCGGGCCAGAACGCGACCAUGGUAACGUCGGGUCCGCGGAUGGUGAGGAUAGUCAAGUCGGAGUCGGGCUACGGGUUCAAUGUUCGCGGUCAAGUCAGCGAAGGGGGACAGCUUCGGAGCAUCAACGGGGAACUGUACGCUCCUCUUCAGCAUGUCAGCGCUGUUUUGCCCGGAGGCGCGGCGGACCGAGCCGGGAUAGCAAAAGGCGACAGGAUCCUGGAGGUUAAUGGGGUCAGUGUGGAAGGUGCCACCCAUAAGCAGGUGGUGGAUCUGAUCCGUGCAGGGGAGAAAGAGCUGGUUCUGGCUGUGCUGUCUGUCCCAGCUCAGGAGGCCGAUGGGUUGGAAGGAGGAGAGGAAGUCCAACCCAACUACGACUACAGCGACAAGCAGGCUGUGCCCAUUUCAAUUCCCACAUACAAACAUGUAGAGCAGCACUCCGAGAGGUUUGUGGUGUACAACGUGUACAUGUCAGGUAGACAGCUGUGCUCAAAGCGCUACCGCGAGUUCGCCAUCCUGCACCAGAACCUAAAGAGGGAGUUUUCCAACUUCAACUUCCCAAAGCUUCCUGGUAAAUGGCCCUUCUCCCUGUCUGAACAGCAGCUGGAUGCUCGCCGCAGAGGCCUGGAGGAAUAUCUCGAGCGAGUUUGCUCUGUGCGGGUGAUAGGCGAGAGUGACAUCAUGCAGGAGUUUCUCUCUGAAUCAGAUGAGAACUACAAUGGAGUAACAGAUGUAGAACUGCGGAUAGCCCUGCCAGACAAGACCACCAUCUCUGUCAGAGUCCGCAAGAACAGCACCACAGAUCAGGUGUACCAGGCAUUAGUGUUAAAGGUUGGAAUGGACAGUAUUAUGGCGAGCUACUUUGCCCUUUUUGAAGUCAUCAACCACUCCUUUGUGAGGAAGCUGGCACCUAAUGAGUUUCCCCACAAGCUUUAUGUGCAGAAUUACACGUCGGCUGUGCCGGGGACCUGCUUGGCGCUCCGCAAAUGGUUGUUCAGCUUCCAGGAGGAGGAGUUGCUAAGAGACAACCCACUGGCACUGCAUUACUGCUUCCACCAGGCACUGGAAGAUGUGAAGAAGGGAUUCAUAAAAACAGAGGACAAAUCCUACCAGCUGCAGAAGCUGGCAGAGCAGCGCAAGAUGGCCACGUACCUGAGUCUGCUGCGGACAUGUGAGGGCUACAAUGAGGUGGCGUUCCCCCACUGCGCCUGUGAUUCCAGGAGGAAGGGACACGUCAUCACAGCUAUCAGCAUCCAUCACUUCAAGCUGCACGCUUGUACUGAGGAUGGCACGCUGGAGAACCAGGUGAUAGCUUUUGAGUGGGGGGAGAUGCAGCGCUGGGACACUGACGAGGAGGGCAUGGCCUUCUGCUUUGAGUACGCUAGAGGAGAGAAGAAACCUCGCUGGGUCAAGAUCUUCACUCCAUACUUUAACUACAUGCAUGAGUGCUUUGAGCGCGUCUUUUGUGAGCUGAAGUGGAGGAAACAGGUUGAGGAAGAGGCAUCUGACAAAGACAACAAAAACUGCAGCAACAAUGAGUAUCUGCCUCCACUGGAGACACAGCAGAAGGGAUGGCGCCACCUAGGGGGGGAGAUCGCAACAUCCUAAAACCAUUUGUCAUCAACCCUAACUAGAACUGGUCCACUUGCAUCUUCACAACCACCCCAGAGAGCGCCCAUUGACAAACACAGGACUGAGCGACAGACUGAGGGGAUCCAUGCCCCGAAAAAACAAACUGGAAGUGAGCUAUUUGGGAAAUUGGACUAGUCACACUUAACCGACCCCAGGGAUACACACAGCAAGAGGAGCAAUGAAGGAGAAUAAACAAAAGCCAACUUUCAUGUCAUUUACUAGAUCUCCAUAGCGUUUCUGUUGUUAUCCCCCAUGCAUCCGCCCUGUGAUGUGGGGCAGGACACGAGCAGAGUCUCGCCAACCGGCCGACACGUAACACACAAAUGCAGCGCGUGACUGGCCAGGGUCCGACAGUGCCGAGGGGAGCACCUCGAUGAAUCGUUGGAGCUGACGUGACGGUCAGUUCUCCCAAGCACGACCAACUCGGUCCGAAGCCUUCAGCAUGGCCCUCGUCUGCUGAACAGAGCUGAUGGAGGAGUUAGUCUUUAACAGUUAGUGAUGAAGAAAGAAAGCAUAAUCGUGCUUUACACCGAUGAUGGACAUUAACACAAAAAUUAUGUUUUCUAUCUGUGAGUCAGAGAUGUACUGUCUCUGUCAGAAGACAUAGGCGACAGAAAUGUUACUAACUGCAAACAGAUGUGAGAGGACGUGUUCGUAAUAAUGUUGUAUGUUUAACAAUCUUACUUCUGAUAAAACAUAGAUUAAUAUAAGAGCUAUAAUAAUUGGUUUCUUGAUCUAACACAAUGAAACACUAACUGAAUUACGUCCAAGCUGCUCUGACUAAUCCCCAUUUUCCACCUCGUCUUCUGGUCCAACCCACGCUACCUGAGACCGACAUCUGUUGGCCGGCUGCCAUUAAAAUGUGUGUAUGUGGGUAUAUGUGUAAUGUUAAUAUCCCCCCCCCCGCCAGUGUUUUUAUUGUGAUUUUUCGGAGCUUUGAUGAGACUCUCAUUCCCAGCUCUGUGCAGGGAGGGUGUUUUUGAACUAAAGGUUGAAGGGCCAAAGUGUGGAUGUCUUCGUGGGGGAGUCUGUCUGUCUGACCGGUUGUGAAAACACAGGACAGAUAAGACUGUUCGGCUGCAGUUUUCUGAGCGGGCAGCAGAGAGCAGCAGAGCGUAAGAAAGAUUCAGUCGUAGGUUUUGAGCAGGAAUAGAAAUCUUCUCAGAGCUUCUUUAGGAGUGAUCCCUCGGGCUCUGAAACUCACCCAAAAGUAUCACUCCGCUGCAGUUUGUGCAUUAACCACAUCAGGAGGACAGGUGGCCUGUGUGUGUGCGCGUGCAUGUAUUUUUGUGUGUUGCACGGAGAGUAGAUGGUGCAUUCUGUUGUUUGUCUGCAAACCAUCAGCAUACAUAGCAAUGCAGGCAGCUGUCCGCCUCUUACUGAUCUAAAUGAGUACAGUAUUAGUUGUGUGUGUCUGCAUAUGAUAUGUAUGACAGUUACAACUGACAUAUGACACCGAUAACUAUUUUUGUUUUAGAGCAGCAUUAAGUUCUCACAUGAAAACGAUAAAAUGUUUUUCCUUUUUUUCUCUCCGUAGAUGUUCAGUUUAAAACACUGUGUCUCACUUUGAUUGUGUAGAGAGCACGUUUACGUUUGGACAAAAGAAGAUGCUUUUUGUGUGGAAAUGUAUUGACUUCACCUGAGUGCGGUGAGUGAGUUAUGUUUAUCCCACUAAGGGCUAAUAGUUUCAUCCCGGCCGGUUCAUUCGUGCGCUUCACUCGCCUUCUGGCAAGCGACCAAAAACCCGACAGCUGAAACCGGGAGCGAUGCUGGUUUAUCUUUUAUUCACACUGACUUUGAGAGCACAAGUUCAAGUUUCAGAUUGUUAGAAAAUGAUUCCUUUUAUUUUACAGUUGAGCUUAGCUUCGGCUUCAAUAAACUGCUAAAUUUGCUUUCAGUCAGUUACCUUGGAGCAUGCUUUUGUGAGUGUGCGUGUGCUUUUGUGUGUGUGUGUGUGUGUGUGUGUCCUCUGUGUUUAUCACUGACAUUGCUGAUAAGCUUUUAGGCUGUGAUUGGACGUCUCUGAUGAGCUGUCGGUGUGAGAGCCGGCAAAUGAAGAUGGGGUUUUUUUUGUAUCUGUACGACAGCUGAGACGCCAGACAGAUGGAGACAAAUGGGAGGCGUCUCCUAUUGUCUAGCUAACAUUCACGGCUCCUCACAUGCUUUUCCAGCACACACACACACACACACACACACACACACACACACACGGCUCUUUCUCCCUGCUACUCUGAUUAUCAUUUAGCGGAACAUCGCGGGAUAUUUUUGCUCUUUGUCAUCCAGUUGUUGCCUCUGUUACACAUCAGUCUAUAGCAAUACAUGCCAUAUUGUUGUAGCAUAUUGUGUGUUUUACACACACACACAUGCACACACCAUUGGUAGCUGGAUUGAGAAAGAGACUGCAGAUUGCUGGAUGGUCAUUUUGACAGCUGAAGUAAUAGCCAAUUCAAAGAUGGAUGACAUUAGAAUUGGAGCUGUUCAACCAUGAUGUUUCUUUUUUUUUUUUUUUCCUUCAUUUUAAAGAUGCAGAGGGAGAGGCAGACGGAGGUGGUGUGAUUUGUGUGUGUGUUGGCUUUCCUGUCCUCUGCUCUCAUUCUCCAGGUUGGUCUCCCCAUCAUCACUGGGGGAUGCGGUUGCCGUGGCAGCACCACGUUGGCUCCACACGCUCAGUGCAGCCUCUGUUCCUUUUAUUCCUGUCAGCCAACUGACUCACUCCUCCCAGUAAUGUAUUCAAAGCAGUGUUGUUUUUUGUUUUUUUUUUACUGUUUGAUGUUUGUUCUCUGUCCCCUUGGCUCAUGCUGCUGUGAAUAGGCUUUUAGAGAAGCUACUGUUUUUAAAAAAAAAAAAAAAAAAAAAGAAUAUUUUGAUGUUUUCGGUUGGUCUCAGCCAGGUGCCAUGUCAGUCUCAGUCGCGGGCAGGUGCGAGUCCUGUUGUUUGUAGUCCGUUUUUUUCGCCAUCAGUGAGUUGAACGUCACAGUAACAGUGUUCGGGGUGAAAGCGGAAGAGAUGGCAGGAAUGUUAAGAUGCACGUCUGUCUAAGGUCGGCCGGUGUUCGUCCGUCAGUGUGCGCUGUGCUGUGGGCCACCUGUGUUUGUGUCUUGCGAUGCUGGACAGUCUUUGCUUGUAGGAUUUGAAUUUCCUGACAGGACUGAAUAGAUACUACAAAUGUUGGACGACACAGCAGACGUGGUGUGGGUGAAAUAUAAAAGUGGAACGUGCAUCGAAGGCACAGAAAGUUUGUGUUGAAACGAUGCUGUUGCUAUAGUAACGCAUCGUUUUUUUUCUGAACCUCGUGCCAAAACCAGCACUGAUUUCCAUAACAUCACUGGGCGGCCGAUGUGUUUAGAUCUCGUCUGUUCGCUCAGAGUCCGGCGUUCAGAGGCAGCUCAGUCGCUCUCCUCCCUUCUGACGCUGUUGGUUCAGCCAACAGUUCAGCCGCAACGUUUGUCUCAUCUUCAGCGCUUCUGUGUAGACUUCGUCGACCUCGGGACACGGAUCUGGCUCGGAGGGCAUUAGCUGCCAGCUUUCCCCAUUUCAGCUGACAUGUCCUACCCAUAAUUAUUAAUGUGAGGGGUGGAUGUAUGUGUUUGUUUUGAAGAAGGAAAAAAAAAAAUGUUAGCCUUUGUGUAAUUAAUUUCCGUCUUUGCUUUGAAACACGGGUCUUUUUCCCACAGCAAGUAGUCAGUGUGACAUUAAUUAAAAACCUUAGCCUUGUUUGUCUGUCUUCAGCAUAACCUGUAAAUAAUUGUUU